CAAAAUCUAACCGCCGCCGCCUCUCCAUGGAGCGCGUUCAGCACAUGACCAAGUCGGCCAUCCGCCGAGCGUCUCAGAUCGAGGUGAACCCGCAGGCCAAGAGGAACCUGCAGGAGCUGUUCGUCAACUUCACCCUCAUCCUCAUCUGCCUGCUCCUGAUCUACAUCAUCGUCCUGCUGAGCAGCUGAGGACAGCGGAGCUGUGGACGAAGCACAAGAGCCCUGAUGACGAGCGGUCGCGGUGUAGAGGAUAAACCGUGAGGUGUAUCGAGUAUUUAUAAAAAAAACACAAACUGGCACACGAUGGUUUCUGAGAACUUACCGGUCACAGAUGAAUAAUUAUUGAGAAAUGAUUGAUUCUUCCGCUGUAUGUACGUUUGGAAGAUUGUACCACUUGACUUUUAAACACCAAAGAAACUGCAUGUCAAUACGAUUAAAGUGAUUUCUCCCGA